GCAGCGCGAGCUGGGCGGCCCCCGCCACAUCCUCCUCCUCCUCCUCCUCCUCCUCCGGGUCCGAGCCAGCGGAGCAGAGCCAGGGCCGAGCCGAGGGCUCCGAGGGCGCGGGCGGAGCAGGGCACGGAGCCAUGGCGCACCAGACGGGCAUCCACGCCACUGAGCAGCUGAGGGAAUUCUUCGCCAAGGCGCGGGCCGGCUCCGUCCGGCUCAUCAAAGUCGUCAUUGAGGAUGCUCACGCCUGGGUGGCGUCGCGGGAGCCGGUGGGCAGCUGGGAGCAGGACUACGACCGGGCCGUGCUGCCGCUCCUGGACGCCCAGCAGCCCUGCUACCUGCUCUACCGCCUGGACUCCAAGAACGCCCAGGGCUUCGAGUGGCUCUUCCUCGCCUGGUCGCCUGACAACUCCCCGGUGCGGCUGAAGAUGCUGUACGCGGCCACGCGGGCCACGGUGAAGAAGGAGUUCGGGGGCGGCCACGUCAAGGACGAGCUCUUCGGGACGGCGAAGGACGACCUCUCCUUGGCCGGGUACCAGAAGCACCUGUCGUCCUGUGCGGCGCCCGCCCCGCUGACCUCGGCCGAGAGGGAGCUGCAGCAGAUCCGCAUCAAUGAGGUGAAGACAGAGAUCAGCGUGGAGAGCAAGCACCAGACCCUGCAGGGCCUCGCCUUCCCCCUGCAGCCGGAGGCCCAGCGGGCGCUGCAGCAGCUCCGGCAGAAGACGAUCAACUACAUCCAGCUGAAGCUGGACUUGGAGCGGGAGACGAUCGAGCUGGUGCACACGGAGCCCACGGACGUGGCCCAGCUGCCCUCGCGGGUGCCCCGGGAGGCCGCCCGCUACCACUUCUUCCUCUACAGGCACACCCAUGAGGGCGACCCCCUCGAGUCUGUGGUGUUCAUCUACUCGAUGCCGGGGUACAAGUGCAGCAUCCGGGAGCGCAUGCUCUACUCCAGCUGCAAGAGCCGCCUCCUGGACUCCGCGGAGCAGGACUUCCGGCUGGAGAUCGCCAAGAAGAUCGAGAUCGACGACGGGGCCGAGCUGACGGCCGACUUCCUGUACGACGAGGUGCACCCCAAGCAGCACGCCUUCAAGCAGGCCUGCAAGCCCAAGGGCCCGGGCGGCAAGCGCGGCCACAAGCGCCUCAUCCGCGGCCCCGGUGAGAACGGGGACGACAGCUAGAGGCGGGCCGAGCCGCGCUGGCCGGUGACUGUGGGGCGCCCGCCGCCCGCUCUCACCGCCGCCCUC